AUGUCUUCUACCAACUUCCACGUCCGGAGGACCAAAACAGCACAACUGGACACCGUGCAACAAUACAACGGCAUUCGCUCCACAAGAUGGGUCACGCCACCCGAUGGCAAAAGUGUCCUUGAGAUACAGACAACCCACCGACCAACGGAUUUGCAGAAAGUCCCCGAGAAGCUCAACUACCUAACACCACCACCUCACUGGCACUGGUACCAAGAUGAGUUCUUCCACAUCAGAGAAGGACGCUACCUCUUCACCCUCGAGGGUAAGGAGACGGCCGUAUCAGCGUCCGAUCCACAGCCCGUACAUAUCCCAGCACGUGCGAGACAUACUUUCCGUGUCGACGAUACCCACGAAGGCUCUUGUACGAUCGAGAUCUCGACCGGCAUCUCGCCACGCAGCCCGAAGGACGAUCCCGAGGCCGAAGGACCCAACGAGAAAUUCUUCCGCAAUAUCUACCAGUAUCUCGACGAUUGCUACAUCCAAAACGUGUCCCCGUCACUACCGCAACUCUUGCUACAGCUCCAUAGUGCCGAGGUCAGUAUGGCCUUUCCAGGUCCGACAUGGCUUGCUCAUCCACUAUCCUAUCUCUUCGGUCUCAUUGUGGGUGUGGGAAUCGGCCAGUAUCUGCUGGGCUACGAGGCCGACUAUGCGGAGUACUACGACUCCAAGCGGGAGAACAGGAAGAAUAGGUGA